AUGGCGGAACCACACAACACUCCGUAUCCGCCCGCAACGCCCCAGUCGCAAACCCCUCGCUCCUCUUCGCCAGACCAAAUCCACUCCCCCAUUGUCCUCCGGCCUAACCCGGACAUCGCAGCUCCAGUCUCGGCUGCACCACCCGCAGCAACGACGUACACAAACGGCACGCAUGCAAAGCCCAAGGUGCUCCAUAUCGGCGACCCGAUCAAAUACAAUCCGGACACCUACGCCGCCUUCUCGGCGCGAUGCGACAUCAUCCGCCCCACCACACCCGAGCGCCAGCGCCCCGCCUUCGCCGCCGCGCUCCGGGAUGGCAAGUGGGGCGACUUCUCCGCCGUCUUCCGGCCGUUCUGGGGCACCGGCGGCGAGAUGGGCAAGUGGGAUGCCGAGCUAAUCCCGCUGUUGCCCGCGAGCUGCCGGGUCUUUGCGAGCGCCGGCGCUGGGUUCGACUGGGCCGAUACCCGGCUUCUCGGUGAACGGGGCGUAGUGUAUUGCAACUCCGGCCUCGCCGCCGCCGAGGCGGUGGCAGACUUCGCCGUUGCCCUCGUCCUCUCCACCUUCCGCCACCUGCCGUGGUGCAUGUCCGCCGCCGCCGACCCCGUCGCCUUCCAGGACUGCCACGCGCGCGCCACCGCCGCCUCGCACACCCUGCGCGGCCACGUCCUCGGCCUCAUCGGCAUGGGCAACAUCGGCCAGCAGAUCGCCCAGCGGCUCGGCGUCGGCUUCGGCAUGCGCGUGCACUACUUCGACAUCGUGCGCAAGGACGCCGCCGUCGAGACGCAGUCUGGCGCGACGUUCCACGAGACCCUCGAGUCGCUGCUCGGGGCCUCGGACUGCGUCGUGCUGUGCACGCCCGCGGGCGGCAGGGUCAUCACGGCCGAGUCCCUGGCGUGGUUCAGGCCCGGGGCGCGGUUCGUCAACAUCGCGAGGGGCAGUCUCGUGGACGAGGACGCGCUGGCCGACGCGCUGGAGUCCGGCCGGGUCGGGACCGUUGCGCUGGACGUGCACGACGACGAGCCGAGGCCCCAUCCGCGUCUGCUGAAGCUGGCCGGCACCAAGGCCAUGCUGACCUGCCACAACGCCGGCGGCACGGUCGAGACGCACAAGGGGUUUGAGGAGCUGAGCAUGCGGAACAUCAUGGCUGCGCUGGGCGGGGGCAAGCCCAUUACGCCGGUGAACUUGCACUACCUGAAGGAAUGA